GUCAGCAACUCUUACACAGCGAAGCGUUGCACAUUUUAUAAAGUAUAUAACGGUAGGUUGCGUUACGACUUUUUGACAUUUUGUCGAAGCUCAAUAUUUAACACGCCGAGAGGGUCACACACCAUGGCCUCGGGCUCUGCUUCUCCCCGUUCCUUUCUGCCGAGCCCCCCCGGUACAGGUCGGGAACAUGGGUCCAGAGAGCGGCUGCACAAGCUUCCUGAAAUCCCGAGCUCCACCAACAUCCAACCAAGACCUCCGGUGGUUCAAGACCCCCUGGCUGUACUGAAAAGACGUGUUAAAAGGAAAGAACCCAGCCUCCAACACAUAAAAGACAUGAAGCGGAUGUAUUUUCCUGGCUGGAACACUCAGACGCCUUAUCAACCGCAACCAGAACAGCCACAAAGGCCUAGACAAAAAAUGCCUGUCCAUCUCCCUCCUCUGAAAUCCAGGACUAAGAUGGCACCAAAAACGGAGUUAAUCCCUACUCCCCCCAAAAGGCCUUUUUCCAUCAAGAGCACUGGAAUUAUGGACACUCACACCAAUGUAGUCUAUGAGUACAGUAAGGAGGACUUUCUGAUGUUAAGUCCUGAAGGUGUGGUAACAAUUUACGAGAACAAGGUCGACUUCAUAACCACCGAACGCUGGGAAGAAGAGUAUAACUACCACUGCAAGCUCAUCCGGAUCCCCUUCUUCAUCCGCUUUAAUCUGUGGAAACCUUUCUACGUGUGGCACAGCAAAGUACAGGCCAAAAAGAUUCACUCGGUCAAGGAGUCCCUCCAAAGAAGAUUAUGUAUUGUCAAUGAGUGUCUAGGUCCUGCACUGAUAGACAUAAAGAAAAUGUGUUACCAGAUCAGUGAUACGGGCUUGUGCCACAUAGAGAAAGAACACAUUUACACACUGCAGGAGUUCCGGGAAUUCCAGUUCCAACAACUGCAAGAGGUGAAGAAUGACUUGGAGAAGUUUCAGGACCUGGUGAAGGAAGUGACGAUUUGUGCGUGUCGCAACUACUUGAAGUGCAUACCCAAAGAGGAAGAUGAAGAUGACAAUGAAUUUCUUGCCGGGAUCAACAAGACUUUUCACUCCACCCGUGUCAUCUGCUUCAUACGUCUUGUUGACUUUUUAGUCGUCGACACCUUGUAUAUCUUAGUGGCCAAUGCAGUGGCCAAACUGCUAUCUGUGCUCAAGGAGCAGGUACAGCAAACGCCCAGCCAUGAUGUUAUUCAGAGCUGGAGCCAGCACUGUGAGGUUGCCACGGACACCACAAAGGAAGAGAUGGAUAAGAAGCCUGGCCGUGUCCAACCUAUGUUCAUCACUGAGCUGAUCCUGGAGCCUAACACGUUGACCUACAAACCCUCUGAGGAGAACUUCCAGGAGACUAUCAAAGAGGUCAUCGGGUGGUUUGAGAAAACUGUGAAGUCGGUCAAUGUGCUCACGGCAGAUCCCGAUUUUGAUUCAAUGACAGAGGCCAGAGCUGACGAGCAUAUAUAUGUGGAUGACCAGUGUGUAGAAUCCAUCAUUGAGAGCGAUGACAACCUUCAAAGCGUCAUUCAGAACAUCGAGGAGUUGCUCCAGUUUGCCUUUGACACGGCAAAAGUGUACUCACGCACAUUUGAGCAUUUUCAGCUGUUCUACAAAGAGAACGAGGCUCUGGAUCUGGAUGCAAUGCGGCAACAGGAUAAUGGUUUGUCCUUCUUUGGGAAAGCGCUGGAGUUACACCACAGUCAGCAUAAAGAGGCCGCAGCCAUCCAACAGAAAACACAUCUUGGAUUACUGCUGGUGGACAAAACAAAGCUCAAAGAUAAGCUUGUGUCUUCCCCGCUCCGCUGCCUGGAGGUCAUCAACGAGGUAGUUACCCAGCUGGCUAAGAAGAAGCUGGACGCUGUCAUCGCCGAAGCUUGUAAAGCUCAGUAUAAACUGGAGGGCACCCCAUCCACCACAGAGGAGUUAGCCGAGUCCCUCAUAACCCUGGACGAGAUACAGGAAAGGAUCACGGUGCUAGAAGAGGAGCAGGAGACGGUGUGUCAGCUGUACAAUCUGAUUAACACGUACUCAGUUCCCACGCCACCUGAGGAUCUGUUUGUUUUCGCCACCUUGCAACCCACCAUCAGCUCACUGCACAGCAUCAUCGACGGGGCCGCGCUGGAGAGGGAGGCCAGCAUGGGGAAGCUGGGCAGCUCCAUGCACAAGGACAUAAUGGAGCUGAACCGUGAGGUCACACAGGUCACGCUGAAGGCACAGAAUCCUCAAAACCUUGACAUCAAUUCAGACCCUUCGCAAGUGCGUCUGCUGCUGGGGGGGGUUCAGAUUUCCAUAGACGAGCUGCAGGCCAAGGCGUCCGCCUACAUCUCCUACCAGAAAAGAUUCAAGGUGGAGGUCACCAAGUUUGACGCCUUGGAGGAGCUAACUGCAGAGUUCAGGCUGACAAAGCUGCUGUGGGACUCUAUGGAGGAAUGGGACUCUCUAUCAGAAGGGUGGAGGCAGAGCACACUGGAGCAACUGGACCUGGAUCAGUUCAGCUCGCAGGUCACUAAAUACAGCAAAUAUGUCAACCAGCUGGAGAAGGGUCUGCCACGCAACAACGUAGUGCCAAGUCUCAAGGACAAGGUGGAGCUCAUGAAGCAGAGGCUGCCUUUGAUCACUGACCUGCGUAACCCGUGUAUGAAAGCAGAGCACUGGAGGACGCUGGAGUCGGUCGCGGGGACCGCCCUGAGCGGGGAGCAGCUGACGGUGGCUGCUUUGGAGACGCUCAACGUCUUCUCGUAUGGCACGGAGAUACAGGAGGUCUCUGGACAGGCUUCAGGAGAGGCAUCAGUGGAGACCAUUAUUACAAAGGUGGAGGACAUGUGGAGGACCGCAGAGUUCACUGUGCUGGCUCACAGUGACUCCAAAGACGUCUUCAUCCUGGGAGGCACUGAUGACAUCCAGGUGCUCCUGGAUGACGGCAUUAUCAACGUGGGCACGGUGGCGUCUUCUCGCUACGUGGCUCCCAUAAAGCCCCGGGUGGACAAACUGCUGAGACAGCUGACCCUCUUCAACCAAACACUGGAUGAGUGGCUCACGUGUCAAAGGAACUGGCUUUACCUGGAGAGUAUCUUCCUGGCCCCGGACAUCAAGAGGCAGCUGCCUGCCGAGUCCAAGAUGUUUCUCAAGGUGGACAAGUCCUGGAAGGCGAUCAUGGCAAAAGUCAAUAUGUUUCCCAAUGCCAUGAAAGCAGCCACGCAGCCUGACCUGCUGGAGACUUUCCAGCACAACAACGAACUUUUGGAUGAGAUACAGAAGUGUCUGGAAGACUACCUGGAGUCCAAGAGAGUCAUUUUCCCCAGGUUCUGCUUCUUAUCUAACGAUGAGCUGCUAAAGAUCCUGGCUCAGACAAGAAACCCGCAGGCGGUGCAGCCCCAUCUCAGGAAGUGUUUCGAUGCCAUUAUAAGGCUCGACUUUGCCUUGCUGGCCGAACAAUCUCCUGGGGCUAUGGCAGGAAGUGAGUCCAACCAGGAGUCCAUCUACAGCAAAGACAUCCUGAGCAUGGUUUCUCCUGAAGGAGAGAAGGUGGCUUUGACUAAAGGUCUGAAGGCGCAGGGUAAUGUGGAGGACUGGCUCUGUAAGGUGGAGGAGGCCAUGUUCAACUCGCUGCGCCGCCUCAGCAAGGCCGCCAUCGCUGACUACCAGAUCAAAUCCAGAGAGGAGUGGGUGAUGGCUGGACAUGCAUCGCAGGUGGUGCUGACCAUCUCCCAGUUGAUGUGGUGCAGGGACAUGGACGCCUGCCUGGAGGGAGACCAUGACCACUUUGCUGCCCUGCAGGAAUUUGAACUCAUUAACAUUGAUAGGCUGAUUGCCCUGGCAGCGUUGGUACGAGGAGAGCUGCCUGCUUUACACCGUAACAUCAUCACUGCCCUCAUCACCACCGACGUCCACGCCAGGGAUAUUGUAACAGACCUCAUCCAGCAGAAGGUGGACUCCAGGUCUAACUUUGAGUGGCAGCGGCAGCUACGCUACUACUGGGACCUGGACCAGGACACCUGUGUCGCCAAAAUGGCUCUGUCCACUUACAUCUACGGCUAUGAAUACCUGGGAGCCUGUCCUAGACUGGUUAUCACACCACUCACUGACCGUUGCUACCUGUGUCUGAUGGGAGCUCUACAGCUGGACCUGGGAGGGGCUCCAGCUGGGCCAGCGGGGACGGGCAAAACAGAGACCACCAAGGACCUGGCUAAAGCUAUGGCUAUUCAGUGUGUGGUCUUCAACUGCUCUGACGGACUCGACUACAAGAUGAUGGGGCGCUUCUUCAGUGGGCUUGCUAUGUCCGGUGCUUGGUGCUGUUUUGAUGAAUUCAACCGAAUCGACAUUGAAGUGUUGUCUGUCAUCGCUCAGCAGCUUAUAACUAUACGGAACGCCAAAGCUGAUAAGCUGUCCAAGUUUCAUUUUGAGGGCCGGGAGAUCAAGCUGGUGAUGACGUGUGCUGCGUUCAUCACCAUGAACCCGGGCUACGCCGGGAGAACAGAGCUCCCCGACAACCUCAAAGCUCUCUUCAGACCUAUCGCCAUGAUGGUGCCCAACUAUGCCCUGAUUGCUGAGGUGAGUUUGUACUCCGAGGGAUUCGAGUCCAGUAAGACCCUGGCGAGGAAAAUGACCCAAAUGUACAAGCUGUGCUCGGAGCAGCUGUCUCAGCAGGACCACUACGACUUUGGCAUGAGAGCCGUCAAGUCCGUCCUGGUCAUGGCGGGGUCUUUGAAGAGAGAAAACCCCCACCUCAGUGAGGAUGUGGUCCUCAUCAGAGCCCUGAGGGACUCCAACCUGCCAAAGUUCCUCACUGAUGAUUCUAUGCUGUUUGGUGGUAUCCUAUCGGACCUGUUCCCCGGUGUGAGUAUUCCUGACCAUGACUACGGCGUGCUACACACCACCAUCCUGGAGUCUCUGGUGAAGCGAAACCUACAGCCGCUGGCUGGCAUGACCAAGAAGGUGAUCCAGCUGUAUGAGACCAUGUUAGUGCGUCAUGGUGUCAUGUUGGUUGGGCCUACAGGUGGAGGUAAGACCACGGUGUACAGAAUCCUGGCAGACACACUGGAGACCCUCCAGGCCACGGGGCACAAGGCUAACAACCCCUUCUUUCAGCAUGUCAAGACCUACAUCCUCAACCCCAAAUCUGUCACCAUGGGAGAGCUCUACGGAGAGGUUAACACGUUAACAAUGGAGUGGCGUGACGGACUGAUGGCGCUGAGUGUCCGCCACGCGGUAAACGACACCACCGACGACCACAAGUGGGUGAUCUGCGACGGCCCGGUGGACGCCCUGUGGAUCGAGAACAUGAACACGGUGCUGGACGACAACAAGAUGCUCUGUAUGGCCAACAGCGAGCGAAUCAAACUCACCCCAUCCAUACACAUGUUGUUCGAGGUCCAGGACUUGUCUGUAGCAUCUCCAGCCACCGUCAGUCGCUGUGGGAUGGUGUAUAUCGACCCAAAUGAGCUCAAGUGGAUGCCUUAUGUCCAGACGUGGAUCAGCGGUCUAGAAGCCAAGCUCCCAGAGCCGGUGCGGACAUACCUGCUGGAGCUGUUUGAGCAGUAUGUGGAGAAGGGUCUUCAGUUCGUGUUGAAGCGUUGCACCCAGGCCAUCCGACAGGUGGACAUCAGCAAAGUGGCCUCUCUGUGCUCCCUGCUGGAGGCGCUGCUGCUGGGCAAAGGAGGGCCAGAUCUUAAAAUGGAUUCCAAGAACCUCAACAGUGUAUUAUGUCAGACCUUCAUAUUCUGCUACCUGUGGGCAGUGGGCGGAAACCUGACCAAUUCUAACUGGGAUGCUUUUGACACGUUCAUCAGGGAUCAGUUUGAAGGCAACAACAAUGCUAAGCUCCCUAAGAAUGGAACCCUGUGGAGUGUGUACAUGAACUUCAACCACAAGCGCCUGGAGCCAUGGGAGGCGAUCAUCCCGUUGUUUAAAUACAACAGCGAGCAGGCCUUCUUUGAGAUGCUGGUCCCCACCACAGACACCGUGCGCUACGGCUACCUGAUGGAGAAGCUGCUAUCUGUGCGGCGCUCUGUGCUCUUCACUGGCAGCACCGGAGUGGGCAAGUCAGUGGUUGCUCGAGGGCUUCUUAACAGUGUCCAGGAAAAGGAAGGAUACCUCCCUGUCUACAUCAACUUCUCCGCCCAGACCUCCUCCGCCCGCACUCAGGAGAUCAUUGAGUCUAAACUGGAGAAAAAGAGGAAAAACAUCAUGGGUGCUCCUGGUAACAAGAAGCUAUUGGUCUUUGUGGAUGACCUGAAUAUGCCCAAACUGGACUGCUAUGGCUCUCAGCCGCCGAUAGAGCUGCUGCGUCAGUUCCAGGACUUUUCUGGCUUCUACGACAGAACCAAGUUCUUCUGGAAGGAGAUCCAGGAAAUGACCAUUGCUGCAGCGUGUGCUCCUCCGGGAGGGGGGCGCAAUCCCGUGACCCCCCGAUUCAUCCGUCACUUCAGCAUGCUGUGUCUGCCCACACCCUCUGAACACAGCCUCAAGCAGAUCUUCAAAGCCAUCCUGGGCGGUUUCCUCAAUGUCUUUUCCCAGGCGGUGAAGGACUGUGCGGGUCAGAUUGUGGAUGCAGCUGUGGAGAUUUACAACCGUUUGAGCGUAGAUCUGCUGCCCACCCCAGCUAAAUCCCACUAUGUCUUCAAUCUCAGGGACCUCUCCAAGUGUGUCCAAGGCAUACUGCAGUGUGAGCCGAGUCAAGUGCGAGACAAGACCCAGAUCUUCCGUCUCUUCUGCCACGAGUGUCAGCGAGUGUUCCACGACCGACUCAUCAACAACCAAGAUAAAACCUAUUUUAACACCAUCGUCUCUGAGAUGGCCGGCAAAUAUUUCAGCAUUAACUUGGAACCCUCGUACUUUGUGACUCAGCCCAUUAUAUUUGGCGACUUUAUCAAGGUGAGCGCAGAGAAAGAAGACCGUCUGUAUGAGGAUCUGACAGACAUGGAAAAGAUCCAGACGGUUCUCCAGGACUACCUGGACGAUUACAACAUGACAUUCUCCAAGGAGACCAAGCUGGUUUUCUUCCAGGAUGCCGUCGAACACGUCUCCAGGAUUUCUCGGAUGAUCCGCCAGGAGAGAGGCAACGCCUUGCUGGUGGGGGUGGGGGGUACCGGCAAGCAGUCGCUCACCCGGCUGGCCUCCCACAUGUGCGGCUACCGCUGCUUCGAGAUCGAACUGAGCCGCGGCUACAGCUACGACAGCUUCCACGAAGACUUGAGGAGGCUCUACAAGAUGGCCGGCGUGGAGGGCAGGGACAUGGUGUUCCUCUUUACAGAUACUCAGAUUGUGGUGGAGGGCUUUUUGGAGGAUGUCAACAACAUGCUGAAUUCUGGCGAGGUGCCCAACCUUUUUGAGAAAGAUGAGCUGGAACAAGUGUUAGCUGCCACCCGCCCUAAGGCCAAAGAGGCGGGAAUCAGUGAGGAGAACAGGGAUGAGGUGUUCCAGUAUUUCAUCUCUCGUGUCCGGGAGAAGCUGCACAUCGUGCUGUGUAUGAGUCCAGUGGGGGAUUCCUUCAGGUCCCGCUGUCGUAUGUUCCCUUCCCUGGUUAACUGCUGCACUAUUGACUGGUUUGUGCAGUGGCCGCGUGAGGCGCUGCUCUCCGUCUCUCAGGCCUUCUUCCAGAACGUGGACUUUGGCAGCGAGGAGCUGAAGCAGAGAUUCUCCGCCAUGUGCGUGGAGAUCCACGUGAGCGUCACUGACAUGGCCGAGCGGUUCUACUCUGAGCUGAGACGCAGAUACUACACCACGCCUACCUCCUACCUGGAGCUCAUUAACCUCUACCUGUCCAUGUUAGAGGACAAGAGACAGCAGCUCAUUCUUGCCAGGGAUCGCGUGAAAAACGGUCUGACCAAACUGCUGGAGACCAAUGUGCUCGUGGACAAAAUGAAAGUGGACCUGUCUGCACUAGAGCCUAUCCUGAAACAGAAGUCCAGCGAUGUUGACACCCUGAUGGAGAAACUGGCUGUAGACCAUGAGAGCGCUGACGAGGUGCGUAAAGUAGUGUCAGAGGACGAGGCUUUGGCCAAGGUGAAAGCUGAGGACACGCAAGCCAUAGCCGACGACGCCCAGAGGGACCUGGACGAGGCUCUGCCGGCUCUGGCGGGAGCCAAUCAGGCGCUCAGCUCUCUGGACAAGGCCGACAUCUCUGAGAUCAAGGUUUUCACCAAACCCCCCGACCUGGUCAUGACCGUCAUGGAGGCCGUGUGCAUCCUGCUCAACUUCAAACCGGACUGGGCUGGUGCCAAGCAGUUACUAGGAGAUGCCAACUUCCUUAGGCGACUGACAGAAUACGACAAGGACAAUAUCAAGCCUCAGAUCCUGCAGAAGCUGCAGAAACACAUCAACAACCCCGAUUUCAUCCCAGAGAAGGUGGAGAAGGUGUCCAAAGCCUGCAGAUCAAUGUGCAUGUGGGUCAGAGCCAUGGAUCUGUACUCCAGAGUCCUCAAAGAAGUGGGCCCCAAGAGAGCGAAACUGAACAAGGCGCAGGCGGAGCUGGAUGCCACCAUGGAAACCCUGAGGGAGAAGCAAGAAAAGCUGCAGGAGGUGGAGAACCAGAUCCAAGUCCUACAGGAUCAGUUUGAAAGCAGCGUUAAUGAGAAGGAGCAAUUGGUUAACACCAUGGCUCUGACACAGGUCAGGUUAACCCGGGCAGGAAAGCUAACUUCUGCUUUGGGCGAUGAGCAAGUACGCUGGGAAGAAAGUGUCACCUUGUUUGAGCAAGAGAUCAUCAACGUCGUUGGCAAUGUCUUCAUCGCAGCUGCUUGUGUGGCCUACUAUGGAGCGUUCACUUCCCACUACAGACAGCUGCUAAUUGACCAGUGGAUAAUACAGUGCCAGGAACUGAGCAUCCCCAUCAGUUCCAACUUCAGCCUGAUCAACAUUCUGGGCGAACCGUUUGUCAUCCGCCAGUGGAACGCAGAGGGUCUGCCUCGAGACACCGUCUCUACGGAGAAUGGUAUCCUGGUGACUGAGGGCCGACGCUGGCCCCUUAUGAUCGACCCGCAGGAUCAGGCCAACCGAUGGAUCCGCUCCAAGGAAGCCAAGCAUGGUCUUAAGGUGAUCAAGCUGACAGACCCAAACUUUCUCCGUACCCUGGAGAAUGCCAUACGCAUGGGCAUGCCUGUCCUGCUGGAGGAGAUAAAGGAGACCGUAGAUCCAGCUUUGGAGCCCAUCUUGUUGAAGCAGACAUUUGUGGCUGGCGGACGGACUUUGAUCCGACUCGGAGACUCCGAUAUCGACUACGACAAAAACUUCAGGUUCUAUAUGACCACCAAGAUGGCCAACCCGCACUUCUUACCAGAGGUGUGCAUUAAAGUUACAAUUAUCAACUUCACUGUGACCACGUCUGGCUUGGAGGAUCAACUGCUUAGUGAUGUGGUGCGUCUGGAGAGUCCACAUCUGGAGGAACAGAGGAACGAGCUGAUUGUGCGCAUCAACGCCGACCGCAAUCAACUAAAGGAUAUCGAAGACCGCAUCCUGAAGCUUCUCUUCAACUCUGAGGGGAACAUACUGGACAAUGAGGAGCUAGUUCAGACGCUCCAGGAGUCAAAGGUCACAUCAGAGACCAUAAAGCAUCGAUUGGAGGAGGCGGAGGCCACUGAGCUUAUGAUCAACUCUGCAAGAGAGCGUUACCGACCCGUGGCCACCCGAGGCUCAAUCUUGUACUUUGUUAUUGCCAGUCUCUCUGAGAUCGAUCCAAUGUACCAAUUCUCCCUCAAGUACUUCAAACAGCUCUUUAACUCCACCAUCGAGACGUCAGAGAAGUGCAGCGUGUUAGAAGAGCGUCUUCAGAUCCUACUCGACCAGAUCCUGCUCAACUCGUACAUCAACGUGUCCCGCGGCCUCUUCGAGAAGCACAAGCUCAUCUACAGCUUCAUGUUGUGCGUUGAGAUCAUGAGGCAGCGCGGCGAGAUUUCCGAUGUCGAGUGGCAGUACUUCCUGAAAGGGACUUCCUCUUUGGAAAAGGACUAUGCAGAACGGCCCGAUGUGCCGUGGCUAAGUGAUUUUUACUGGCAGACAUGCUGCGAACUGGAGGACACUCUGCCCUGCUGCAAGGACAUCUCCAAGGAAAUCACAAGCAACCAUAUCUGCAUUGAGUUCGGACGUUUUCAAGCAUCCAUUAAUCCAGAGAAGUGGGAAGGCUAUGCCCCAGAGUUACCUCCUCUUGGGGAGACGGAAGAGGGGAAGCAGGAGAACAGCGUCAGAGGCGACCUGAAUGAGAGGCUGGGGGCCUUCCAGAAGCUUGUCCUUAUCAAGAGCUUCCUUGAAGAAAAGGUGGUGUUUGCAGCCACUGAGUUUGUGAUUGUCAGCCUCGGGAAGCAGUUUGUAGAGAACCCUCCGGUGGACCUGGCGAACCUCUACAAUGAUAUGUCCCCCUCCACACCGCUGGUCUUUAUCCUCAGCACUGGAUCCGACCCCAUGGGUGCCUUCCAGCGUUUUGCAAAAGAACAAGGUUGUCUUGACAGAGUCGAGUCCAUCUCAUUGGGUCAAGGUCAGGGGCCAAUAGCAGAGAAGAUUAUCCAUGCAGCAAUGAAAACUGGCAAAUGGGUGUUCCUGCAGAACUGUCAUCUGGCUGUCUCCUGGAUGUUAGCCAUGGAAGAGCUCAUUAAGACCUUCACUGAGCCUGACACAUCAAUCGACGAGAACUUCCGUUUGUUUCUCAGUUCCAUGCCGACCAAAGUAUUUCCUGUUACAGUGCUUCAGAACUCUGUCAAGGUGACUAAUGAGCCACCUAAAGGCCUCCGCGCCAACAUGCGACGGGCCUUCACAGAGAUCUCCAGCAAUUUCUUUGAAGAUAACGUUCUGGGACGCGAAUGGAGGAAGAUAAUCUUUGGAAUGUGCUUUUUCCACGCAAUCAUCCAGGAGAGGAAGAAGUUUGGUCCUCUGGGCUGGAACAUCCGCUAUGAGUUUAACGACAGUGACAGGGAGUGUGCGCUGCUCAACCUCAGCCUCUACUGCAAAGAGGGCAAAAUCCCUUGGGACGCUCUCAUCUAUAUCACUGGUGAGAUCACAUAUGGAGGCAGAGUGACGGAUGCCUGGGACCAGCGCUGCCUCAGGACCAUCCUGAAAGGCUUCUUUUCGCGUAAAACCCUGGGGUCUGGCUACUCCUACUCCCACUCAGGUAUCUACUUUGCCCCGGAGAAAGAUGAACUGGAGCAAUAUAAGAAAUAUAUCGAGAGUCUUCCGAUCAUAGAUGAUCCCGAGGUCUUUGGCAUGCAUGAGAAUGCCAACUUGGCCUUUCAGCGCCAAGAAACCAUGACUCUGAUCAGCACCAUAUUGGAUGUGAAUCCUCGCUCAUCAGCUUGCGCUGGGGCCAAAAGUAACGAUGACAUAGUCUGCGAGCUCGCUGAAUCCAUCUUAGCCAAGCUACCAGAUCUUCUGGAAAUGGACGAGGCGGUUGAAACUCUUUUUAUCAAGGACGAAAACGGCCGCCUUAACUCCCUGACGACCGUGUUGGGCCAAGAGGUGGACCGAUUCAACAACCUGCUGAGGGUGCUCAAGGUGACACACAUGGCUAGCUCCCAUAAACACACUCUAUUGUCCCUUGUGACUCUCAAGAAAGCCAUCGCAGGUCUUGUGGUGAUGUCAGAGGAGAUGGACUGCAUAUACACAAGCUUCCUGAACAACCAGGUUCCCACCCACUGGGCAAACUCUGCCUACCCUUCCCUCAAACCCCUGGCCUCCUGGGUCAGGGACCUGACCCUCAGGACCGCUUUCAUCCAGAUGUGGAUCAAUCAGGGUCAGCCCAAAUCUUUCUGGAUCUCAGGAUUCUUCUUCCCUCAAGGCUUCCUUACUGGGGUACUUCAGAAUCACGCCAGACACUACAAUUUGCCCAUUGAUGAGCUGAACUUCCGCUUCAACAUGGUGCCGGUGUUCCGAGACCAGGUGGCGGUCUCUGAGGCUCUACGGGAUCUGCCCGAAGACACCAAACUGGACAUCGAUGAUGAGCUACCAGAGCCGCAGGACGGCGUGCUCGUGCACGGCAUGUUUAUGGAUUCCAGUCGCUGGGACAAUGACAACAUGGUGAUCGAGGAUGCGUUACCCCGGGUGAUGAACGCCAUGCUGCCCGUGGUGCACUUUGAGCCGCAGCAGAACUACGUGCCCGAGCCCGACCUCUACCAAGCUCCUCUGUACAAAACCUCCGCCAGAGCCGGGACUCUGUCCACCACAGGUCACUCGACCAAUUUUGUUGUGACAGUAAUGCUUCCCUCCAACCGACCCAGCGACUACUGGAUAUCAAAAGCCUCUGCUCUGCUGUGCCAGUUAGAUGAUUGAGUUUGUAUGCAAGGACACAAAGGAGUUGGAAAUGUGACUGCAUGGAACAUACACUUCUAAGCACAACUUUGAAUUAACGUUGAAGCUUUUGUGGAAUUAUUUAUAAAGAUUGCUGAAAAUGCACUUACUUCUUACACAGUACAAUAAACACAUCUGCCAUGGA